AUGGAUGAAAUGGAUGAAAUGGAUGAAGGGGAUGAAGUGGAUGAAGUGGAUGAAGUGGAUGAAGUGGAUGAAAUGGAUGAAAUGGAUGAAGUUGGCGAAGAAGUUAUCGAUGGUUGGAUGAUGUUGGUGACUGAGGUUGAAAAAUACCCGAUCGGGCAAAUCACGGCGGUGACGGUACACGUGACGCCUGCCCGAAAACACCGCAGCAUUCGCAGCUUCUCGCAGCUUCCCAUGGAUUGGCCGAAGCUUCCAGGCAUGAGGAAGGAAGCACACGUUGCCGCAACAACUAAAACCCAACACCCAAUUGUCAGUAAGACGCCCAACCGCGUAAUAUCCAACCACAUUCAUACCUAA